AUGGAGGAAGACAUAAUCAGCCAACUCCCUGAUGAAAUUCUUCAACACAUUCUCUCCUUUAUCGACACAACUCAAGCCAUUAAAACCUCAAUUCUUUCCAAGAGAUGGAAACACCUGUGGCGUUCCCUCCUCAAUAUCCGCUUGCACCUCCACGGCGACGUCUCCUACUACCGCUUCGUCUACCACUUCCUCUCCCACCGCGACGCCACAGCCCCCGUCCACAGCCUCCACUUCUCAAUCGACGACAAAUCCCAUCUCACACUCGUGGAGGAAUACGUGCUCUACGCCAUCAAUCAUGGCGUUCAAUCCCUCCGCCUCCACGCGCCCAUCGACCUAAUCCUAACCCUUCCCGCCGCGCUUUUCACCUCCACCACACUGCGGGAGCUCGAGAUCAGGCGGAAAUACACCACUCUUGACGUACUACAACGCUUCUCCUUACCAAAUUUGAAAACCUUUUAUCUCGGAACGCAUUUGUUCUUCAAUGAUGAUCACGGGAGGGAGCCGUUUGCCGGCCUCAUGGAGCUCGAGAAGCUCUCUCUGCGCGGCUUUCCGAUGGCUGGCAUUGUUUUAAAGGCUCCCAAGAUGAGAGUUCUUGAAAUCUUCGAAUCUGAUCAAAUCCAAGAGAUAUCUGCUCCGUUGCUCAUCUCGUUUCGAUACGAGGGCUAUUUGCCUUUGGAAUGUUCUAGAAUGAAUCUCCCAAUAUUGGAGAAAAUCUAUUUAGACAUUCAUGGACUUACUUCCAAUCCGGAAUGGUUGCAUCUGAAUUGUGUUAGGUUGCUUCACCAACUUGGAAAUGCUACCACUGUUUCACUCACUUUGGACACUCUCAAGGUAUCUCUCUCUUCAAUUCUAUAUCUGUUUCUAAUUUCUAUUGCUUACAUGUAUGCAUGGUAA